AUGAAGGACAAAACAACUGCAUCAACAAACAGCAACAGCAACCACUGCCCGCAAGGGGUGCCCGGAGUGGGAGCCCAGAGGUGGGCCCGGCAAAACACCAGACUGACCAGUCAGCUGAGAGCGGAGACGAAGGCCGCCAAACACCGCAUCUCAUUUUAUGAGGGCAAGAGUUCAGGACAUGAGAGAAGGGUGGAGGAGGACGGAGGGGAGGGGUGCAGGGUGUGUGGAAGGUCAGUGAUCCGCAGCCUCACUGGGCCAGGAACGGUGGCUGCUGUGUGGCUUCGGCAGGACAGCACCACCCGGCUGCAGGGUCAGGGCACCAGGGACUGCGGGAGCUCUCCCCCUCGGAUUUCCUUGUUCACAAGUAUGAAACCGUUGGACAUUUCCAAGGACAGGACGCAGCUGGAGACGAAAGGUUUUACAGUCAAAGCCACUAUGAAGAACACCGUGGUGGUGGGUCCCCCAGCUGCUGGAGCCUUCCGGGAGCGUCCGGCCAAACCUACAACUUUCCGCAAGCUCUACGAGCGUGGAGAGUUCCCCAUGGCCCUGGAGCACAACACCACAGGCAACCGCAUUGCUUGGAAGGUCGAGAUUGAGAAACUGGACUACCACCACUACUUGCCUCUGUUCUUUGACGGGCUGUGUGAGACAGCUCACCCCUAUGGGUUCUUCGCUUGCCAAGGAGUCCAUGACCUGCUGGAGCAUGGAGGCGCCAAAAUCCUCCCCAUCAUCCCCCAACUCAUCCUUCCCAUCAAGAAUGCCCUGAAUACAAGGAACCGUCAGGUCAUCUGCACCACACUGAAGGUCCUACAGCAUUUGGUGGUGUCUGCAGAAAUGGUGGGAGAGGCCUUGGUGCCCUACUACAGACAGAUACUCCCUGUUCUCAACAUCUUCAAGAACAUGAACCGCAACUCUGGAGAUGGUAUCGACUACAGCCAGCAGAAGAGAGAGAACAUCGGGGACCUGAUCCAGGAGACCCUGGAGGUGUUGGAGUGCUAUGGAGGACCAGACGCCUUCAUCAACAUCAAAUACAUGGUGCCCACCUAUGAGUCCUGCUUCCUCAAAUGA